UCAACCUUGCUACUAUUCCUACCUUCUUUUCCCUUCUGAUGCUCCAGCCAGCCCGCCUACCUAUCUAUUGAAUGUCUUGUUGCAAUUUAUGAUCAACUUCAUGAACCGUUAAGCGAUCCUUACGACGCGCUCUUUACGAGGCGAUUCUCUACCGAUAUUCUCAUUCACUACGUGUAAGGCCCCUCCAUCCCUAUUCACUGUCAAAUGCUCGGCCUCGUAAUUCCCGGGCAACCUGCUGACUGUUGUGCUGUCAAAACAAUCAGAACAGGCCCGGAAUGGAUACCUUGGACCCCGAUGAACAGGCCUUUUGGCAAUUAUACAAUGAAUUGAACCCUCCCCCUUCUUCUAUGGAGAGCCUCAGCGGGACGGAAUCCCCGUCAACCGAUGCAGGUUCUUUGUUUGCCCCUUCUGACAUGGAGGUCGCCAUGGGCCUCUCACUCCAGCCGGGUGCAUCGUUUCUUAGUCUGCCAGAAACUGUCAAGAUCAAGAUUCUGCAGUAUGCUGGACUACUACGCCCUUGUCUGAUUGACAUAACUAGCGAGUGUGUACGCUGGAACCCCACGCUUCAACCGUUGUGUAAUCGCAGCUCCAUGCGUGAGACUAAGGGAUCAUGGACUGCCUUUGUUGACAAAGGCUGUACUCACCCCCGGCUGCCCACUGCAUUGUUCCAGACCUCUCGUGCUGUGCGCGAUGAAAUUGGUUCUAUGUUUUUUGGCCUCAACAGAUUCAGCGCUACUCUCUACAAGAGGGCAGACUUUUGCAAAUUCUGUGAAGCGACACUUUGGGGUAUGGAGCACUUGAAAUAUCUACAUAUUGACCUGGGUCCUAGUGACAGGCGCUUUCUCAAGCUGUAUGGGGGGAUCCAUCGCACAAUCCUGAAAAUGUGGCUUGCUUUUUGUGACUUGGCUGCCGCGAGGAUGCCUUCUCUCACGUACUUCAGCCUGAAGUGCAGGGUCAAAGAUUUGGAGGUUGCACACAAAUUGAUGUGCGCGAUGGAUCAUUUUCCUUCUUUGGCGCAAUGUGCUAUUCAUUUCAAUCAGUACCAGGAGAACGACAUUCGAGCCGUGAUCAAGCGAUCCUGCUGGAGGCUGACCAACAACCUUGGCGAUAGAGCUCCGUUUGGAUUUCUGCGCCUUCCAAAAGAGGUACAACUUCUUAUACUCGAACAACUUCUAAUCAACCGCCCUGAUCCGUAUAUCAUGGCUUCUGAGUGUCCAAAAGGCCUCGUGACGUUGCAAGACCGCAGACGCCAACGACCGACCAUUUAUCCCCUCACGUGUUGCGGUACUUGCUCACCUUUGCGAGCUAUGUGCUUCUGCUACGCUCGCCAAACAGCGUUCUCCACCACCUGUUCUUGUUUCUCCUCGCCAACGCCCUAUUUCCUAGUCAGCCGAGGAUUCUAUGAGGAUGCCCGUCGUGUCUUUUUCUCGAAGAACAACUUUGCCUUCACGGAUGAAGACCCUGAGCUCAUAAUGAGACUUCUGCACUAUAUGCCUACAUCGUCCUCCAUGCAGAUCAGGCACCUGACGUUCAAGUUUCCUUUGACCUUUCGAAGCCCUGCCAGGACUGCUCACAGGGUGGAGGAUGCAGCAUUGUUGUCUUGGUCAGUGUUGCGCCGCUUCAUCCGUGAACACUUUGAUAUCCCUCGCCUGUCGCUCACAAUCAUCGACCUUGGCACGAAGAACUAUGGCAAUGGGGCAACCCCAGGUAGGAACAAAUACCUACGCAAACUCCUCAGAGCAUUUGCGGACCUACGUGUCCUCCGAGACUUUCGUGUGUAUUUGGCGGAUGAGCGUUCAUAUGAAAGAGACGCGGAACGGGUUGUGCUGGGUUUUGCGUGUCAUGGAAGAUCCAAACCCAGCCACAUGCCGUUUAUUGGCCAAAAACAUCUGAACACAUAAACCGCUAGUUUGGAGCAAGUCGGCCUCAGGCUGAUAUUAUGUACCACUGGAGCAUCCCAUAUCAUUCACCUAUUCUUUAGUUCUCAUCAUCCAAUGCCUGAUGAUGAAGCUAAUAUAACAUUCCAUAAUAUUCUUCUUGCGCGCUCGGCGCCUGAGACGCAAACUCCCUUGCACAGAACACACAUUUUUGUACAGGCCCUCCAAUUUCACGACAACCGUUGAUGCACGUUUGUUCGCCAGCAAGGCACCUCGAGAAGGCUCAACGAUGUACUCCAAUCUCCGGAGACGCAGCUGUCUGCCCUAAGAAAGUAUGGAGGAUGUGCUUGUGAAUAUCUCAUUUCUUUUCUAGCCCUCGGUCUAUUU